AUGCCUGCUCCCCCAGACUACGACUCAGAGGACAAGGAGAAAGCCCUCGGGUCGGUUGAAGAUGAAGCUGCGUACGUCGAGGCAGCUCCAGAUCGCGUGAUCGUAAGCCGCUUUGGUACACUCGGUCCACUUCUUUCAAGACUCUUUGCCAGUGGUGUCGAGGCCCGUGGAGUAGAACGAGUACCAGAAAACCAGAGAGAGUCGAAAAAUGCAUGGAACAACCUCCUCAUGUGGUGGUCCGUUAACGCAGUGUUGACUACAAUUCCCAUCGGGGUGCUCGGACAGUCCGUUUUCACUUUGAGUUUUGGCAAUGCUGUAGCGACUAUACUUUGUUUCGGCGCUCUCGGGGGCGUUGCAACAGCGUUCAUUGCUACCCUCGGCCCUAUGACUGGUCUCCGCACCAUGAUUAUCACCCGCUUUAGCUCAGGAUACUUCGGCGGUACCAUAUACUCAAUCCUCAACAUCUUCACCCAGCUCGGCUUUUCCACAACAGCUGUCAUUCUCGGAGGUCAAACGCUCGCCAACAUCAAUCCCGGUACCCUUCCGCUCGUCGUUGGCAUCAUUAUAAUUGGCGUGUGUUGCCUCAUCCCGUGUUUUGUCGGGUACGACAUGGUACACGUCUACGAGCGCUACGCAUGGAUAAUCACCAGCAUCAUCAUGCUUUUCCUCUGGGGUCUUGGGGGUAAAGCCGGAUAUGACGUCAACGCGCAAAAGUCUCUCGAGGACACAGGGCGCGCCCUCUCAGCUGACAUUCUCAGCUUCGGUGGAAUCGUAUUCGGUUCAUUCUCGGGGUGGGCUCCAGUCGCGGCAGACUACAAUUGCCGGCUACCAGCCGAUACACCGCCCAUGCGCGUAUUCCUGCUUACGUUUUUCGGGCUGUUCAUCCCUAUCUGCUUCGUCGAGAUCCUCGGCGCAGCCCUCAUGACAAUUACAGAUCCCGCAUACAUCGCUGCGUUCGCAGAUGGCUCAACAGGCGGUCUAAUCGCGCAAGUUCUCUCUCCCUGGGGCCACUUUGGUCAAUUCAUCCUCGUGCUUCUCGCACUUUCUGUCAUCGCUAACAACAUACCAAACACCUACUCCACUGGCCUGUCCAUACAAGCCCUCGGACGCCCAUUCGCCAUCAUACCGCGCUUCUUUUGGGUUUUCCUCGCUUUCGUCAUAUACACCGUAGCAGGUGUCGCUGGCCGGGAACACUUCAGUGCCAUCCUUUCAAAUUUCCUGAGUAUACUCAGUUACUGGACGGCUUUCUUCAUCGUAAUCGUCGCCGAGGAACACUUCAUCUUCAGGCGUAAGAACGGGCCGCUCGGGGGGUACAAUUUGGAUGCUUAUGAUAUGCCGUCGAAGCUGCCAUUGGGCAUAGCAGGUAUACUCGCAAUGUGUUUUGGCAUUACAGGUGCUGUCGUUGGGAUGUCAGAGGUAUGGUAUACAGGUCCGCUUGGGAAGAUGGCAGGAGCGACGUACGGCGCUGAUCUCGGGUUCGAGCUUGCAGCUGCUUUCUCAGCUGUUACUUACCCUCCGCUGCGUGCUCUUGAGAUUAGGCUCACUGGUCGAUGA